ACUGCCGCCUCCCCUCCGCGCCGGCCGGCCACCACCGCGCGGCCCUCCACGACGCUGUCCGCCGCCGCGCCGCCCUCCGCGCCGCCUCCGCCUGCCGUAGCGCCGUCGUGUGACCCUGCGCACCGCCAGGCAGGCCACCGCCGCCUCCAAACCCUAGAUCGCCCCCCACCUACCUACCUACCUACCGCACGGAGACCCCUCCCAUGGCGGACGCGGCGCACCACCUCCGCCGCCGCAGCAGCGCCGCGCUCCCCCGCGGCUGGUGCUGCUCCUUCUCCGCCACCCCGCAGAGCCCCGACCACCACCGCCCGCUCUCCGCCGCGUCAGCGGCAGGAGGAGAGGGCGUCGGCGGCGGCGGCGCGCGCGGUAAGCUCCCGCCCAAGUCGCCCUCGGUCUCGCUGCCGUCCUUCCAGAGCUCCCCGUCGUCUAGGCUCGCGGGCUUCAUCGACCCCCGCCGCAUUCUCUCCCCCGGCCGCGUCUCCCCCAUAGACCCCGACGGCUCGCCGGCGGUGGCGGCUGGGGCGAAUUCGGAGGAGGAUGCGACGCCGAGGCCGUCGGUGCCGUUCGUGGCGGUGCGUGAAGAGCGGGAGGAGGAGGAGGGGAGAGGGCUGGAUCUGAAGCUGUGCCUCCGUGGUAGGGACGGGAGGAGCGUGGCGAUGGAGCUGGACUCCGCCGUGCUCUGCGAGAGCAGCGCCUUCUUCGCGGCCAUGGCGCCGCCGCCGGAGGCCACUGUCGGCGGCGGGAGCAAGAGGAUUGAGGUGGAUGGGGUGGAGAACGUGGAGGCGUUCAAGGAGACCGUGGAGCUCAUGUUCGAGGCCGAUCCCAUGCGGUGGUUCGUCAGGGCCGGCGUGUCACGAGCAAUAGGCGUGCUCGAGGUAUCUUCCUCUAUAAUGUUUGACAGAGGAAUCAAAUCAUGUUUGGAGUAUAUUGAGGCAGUUCCAUGGAAUGAGAAUGAGGAAGAGAAGCUGAAGAACCUCUUUGCUAGAUGUACUUUCGAUGAAGCAGUAUCCAAAGAUGUACUGGCAAGAUUAAAACCACAAUGCCAGAGCAUCUCAGACGAUGUUACAGUUCACCUCAUCCAAUCUGUCACAAGCAGCACCAACACUGGUGCAAGAAAAGAGAUGCAAUCUUUAGUCAAUGGUCUUCUCAGUAGAAGCUCAGUCUAUCAAAAAGAUUUGUCUGGGCUAAACAAAGGUAGCCUUUACCAGAUUUGUUGUUCCUGUUUGAAUUCACUAGUGGAGCAUUUUACGGAAGACCUCUGCUCGGACAAAAUUGUUAGAGAUAGUAAGCCUAUGAUCGAAAGAGUCAGUAAGCAAACCGAGAACCUCAACUGGCUCUUUGAUAUUCUUGUGAACAAUGAUAUGGCAGAAGAAUUUGUUGAGUUGUGGGCUAAGCAGGAAGAUCUCAUCAGCAUGCAUGGGCAAGCAUCAGCAAUGUUCAGGUACGAAUUAAGUCGGAUAUCAGCGAAUGUGUUUAUUGUCCUGGGGAAAGGGAAAGUUCAGUGCCCCAGCGAUUUGAGGAGCCAAUUGUUCUACGGAUGGUUUCGGCCCAUGUUAAUGGAUUUUGGUUGGCUUCAAAGAUGCUCCAAAGGGUUAGAUAUGAGAAUGUUGGAGGAGAAUCUCGGGCAAGCGCUUCUCACUCUUCCACUCCAGCAGCAACAGAGCCUAUUUGAAGAAUGGUUCCAAUGCUUCGCAUCCAGGGGCACAGAGUGCCCGAAUCUUAGUAGAGCUUUCCAGGUAUGGUGGAGAAGAUCAUUUGUCAGAUCAUCCCUAGAGUCACGUCGUUGAGAGUUGAGUUCACUUGUCUGCUGAUAUAUAAUCUUGUGUGUAUCAAUGUAAAAUUAGAGUUCUUGUAUUAGCUUGUAGAAUAUUCUUCUUAAUAAAUCUAGCUUAGCUGCUUCCAUUAUAUGCAACAAUGUAAGCAUAAAACUGGCCAAGAAAAAAAAACUAGAAGAUAUGUAGCAAUUUGGAUAUCGUUUGCCUUGAAGAUGGCAUCACUGUACAUGAUCUUAUUCCUGGGAAAAAUAUACAAACUGCACCAGGGAGUGUGUAGCCCUUCCCAUGUUUCAUACUACUUCA